GCCUGCAGCUGAUGCAUUAUGCAUAGUGUAUUCAAACAUGGGCACAUGGCCUAUAAUACUAGCGGGAACACAAAGGCCAACUAACUACGACGCGAGAACGGUCUAUCAGUUUCAGAGCCCAAGAGUCCAAGACCAGGUGGUACGUUAACCGUUUGUCUGGCCCAGGUGCGGCCCUUUUCCUGAGUGUAAUGGCAGGCAGCAUUGAGCUGCAACUGCAACAGCUUGGAAGCAGUAAGCACGCAUCGCCGCCCCCCAUCUCCCCCGCACCGCGCACCUCUAUGGCCGCCGGCGAAGGCGGAGGUGGGGACAUCGGCGCCGACUCGGAGCGGCGCCUGCAAAAGGCUAUGGAUAAGCUCUACCACUUCCCCAAGCCCAAGUCGAGUAGCACCGGUGGCUCCAAGCCCUCUUCGUCGACCUCGGCUCCAAGCUCCGGGAGAGCGGUGGGGAAGGCAGCGGCGGAGGCAGCGAGGAGGUUCGGGGUGGUGCGCGGGUCGCGACUCCCGCAUCAGAUGUUGGCCAUGGCAGCGAUCUCGCCGCCACCGCCGUGCCGCCCCUGGGACCGCGCCGACCUCAUGCGUCGUCUCGGGUCAUUCAAAGCCAUGACCUGGUUCGCCAAGCCCAAGGUUAUUAGUCCCGUUAACUGUGCAAGAAGAGGAUGGACUAACAUUGAGCCGGAUGUUAUAACAUGUGAAGCUUGUGGGGCACGACUCCUGUUCUCCACUCCUUCCUCAUGGACAACACAGCAAGUUGAAAAGGCUGCUGCUGUUUUCAGCCUGAAGCUGGACUCUGGACAUAAACUACUUUGCCCGUGGAUUGAUAACAUAUGUGAUGAAUCACUUGCUUUAUUUCCACCAACACCUCCUCCUGUUUUAGUUGGGAACUACUAUGAGCUUUUGUCCUCUCUGCUGCGACUUUUAGCACUCCCAAGAAUUUCCUGCUCUUCUCUUGAGACCAUGAAAAAGAGGAAUCCACAGCUAGAGCAGUUCCUAUCAGAACCAUUCUCUUCAUCAGUUGUUCUCAAAGGGGGACUUAUGCUUACUGAGGACUCUACAAUUAAGGAUUUGGAUGAUGCUUUUCAAGAUGCUGACACAUAUUAUCAGCAGGCACUUAAGAUAAUAAGUUUGUGUGGAUGGGAACCCAGACUACUUCCUUAUGCUGUUGACUGUGGAACUGAGUUUCACUCCGAUGCAAACUCUACCUCUAAAUUGGCUCAACCAGAGCAAUCAAGUAAGACAAUGGAGGAUCGGGUAAUACUUUACUCGCCUGAUGGUGCUCGACCAUCUGUUGAUGUUAAUCAAGAAGAUCAGCAUUAUGAUCCACUAUCAGUUGUUUUAGAUUGCCAGUUUUGUGGUGCAUGUGUUGCCUUGUGGCCUUUUUCUCUUGUGCAACGACCUCUUCAACUCUUUAAGCUGAUUUCAGAUUCUAAUAGACAAGAUGACCAGGAUAAUGGACAUGCCAACAUAGUGAGUGGAGUAGGACAUUCAAAGGAUGCCAACAUUAGUUUUAACUUCACUAUUGCUGGGGGUCCUCCACCAACUAGACAAAGUUUCCGACCAAAAGUUUCAUUUCCUGUCGUUAGUCGACAUUUGAAAGCUGAUUUGAACUCCCGUGUGAAUUUGCUUUCCUCCAGAAGUGAUUGCUACAUGGUUCCUGUUGCUUCGCAUGCUUCAGGUUCCAUGAAACGUAAAAGAAGCACAGAUGAGCCUCAUUUGUUGGAAGGUGAUGCCGAUGAUGUUGAUACAUCCACCAUAGGGGCAAAUCAUGACCAGCCAGGAGAAAAUUCUGAAAAGAGCAUAUCAAACUUAGUAGUGAGCACUGAACAGAAACAAGAUGGUUCACAUUCCAAUGCAGCUAAGGAUACUGAAUUGGAUGAAGCUUCCAAUGAAACACAACCAGAAACAGGUUCUCCAUUAAGAAAAAGUAUAACAAGCACAUAUGCAGAUGCUGAUCAACAUGGAUUGGAACCUAGAUUUUGCUCAGUCCAGGGUACGAAUGAAGAACCUUCUGGUGGAGUGACCCUGACAGAGAUGCAUGCAAACAAUUCCAGGUCAACUGAGGUCAGCACAAUCACAGAAUCAUUAGUUAACAGGGAAAAAGAAAAACAAGGGCUGUAUGACAGAAUGAAUGAGUUUGAUCCUAUCAAGCAGCACCGGACGUUCUGCCCUUGGACUUCCCCUGAUUACGGCGAACCCUUGCCUGGAUGGAGGCUUACUCUCUCGGCAUUACUUGCUGGGGACAAGAGAUCUGAUGGGGACUUGCAAGUGGAUAUUCAGACCAGCCUUCUCGAUGAGGAGGAUGACCCUCUUACCUCUGUUAGGAAGCUUUUCAUGACACCACCUCCGAAAAGGCGGAGGAUACAGCAAUCUGAAAAGAGCUGAGAAGCGAACUGGAUCCACAUGUUGGGAAAGCUGGGGUCAAACUCAUACGGUUGGACAAUAUCAUGGGGCAGAUCCAGAAUGCCAUAUGAAUUGAAUAUUGGAACUGGAAAUGUUUACGCUGCACAUCUGUGCGAUGUACAAAUUCUUGAGGCAGCAGCUGGGAAAAUGAUUUAUGACAUGGUUAAUUGUUCCAGGACGAUACUGCUGCUGUAGAAGCCAUUGUUGUGGUGGUUAAGGAAUGUAGAAGUUGGGUUACCUCUUCCCCAUUUGAAACCACCUGAGCAUAUACACCGUGAUUUCGUAGCUUAGUAAUGUUGUCAACUUGUUAUAUUGCAUUCUUUAUAUUGCUGUACGAUCACCUGUUAACUGUUAAACCCUCGGGGAAUUUUGAUUGGCAAGAGCGAAUUCGUUUGACGCCUUUGCUGGCUGACUUACCUGUAAUAACUGCUUAAAGA